AUGAAUGUUACAUGGACACUGGUCCAUCAAGGCCAACCCUGUAAUUUCUUCGAAUUUCAGGGUCCAAUCUAUCUAUCUAUACUCGUCACGACAUAUAAAUUCGAGGAACUUUCCAGACUUCCAGCAGUCUCGCUCUCCCAAAACGCGUUUGGUAAGAAUUGGAGAGAAGAAAAGCUUCGUCUCACAAAAAACCCCCCUCUCUCUCUCCGGGAAAAAAUGGCGUCGGAUUCGAAAGUUCACGAUUUUGAGGAGGUUGCGAACCACAACAAGACCAAAGAUUGCUGGCUUAUCAUCUCUGGGAAGGUGUAUGACGUGACGACCUUCAUGGAUGAUCAUCCUGGAGGUGAUGAAGUUUUGCUGUCAGCAACUGGGAAAGAUGCAACAAGUGAUUUUGAAGAUGUUGGCCAUAGUGAUUCUGCUAAGGAGAUGAUGCAGAAAUAUUACAUAGGUGAGAUAGACACAUCAACUGUUCCCCUGAAUCGCACUUAUGUUCCACCACAUCAAGCACCAUACAAUCCAGACAAAACUCCAGACUUCGUGAUCAAGAUUUUACAGUUCCUUGUGCCCCUCCUCAUCUUGGGGUUAGCUUUUGCAGUCCGUCACUAUACUAAGGAAAAGUAGGCACCACAUUUGACCUUUUAUGGUCAAAUAGUUGCCUGAUUUAAUCAUGUAGUAGUUGGAUGAACAAUCUCUUCCCCUUACAGGUUUUUUUUUGGAGCUCGAGAGUUCCAGAAUUGAACGUUCGUGUUUGUGCGGAAAAAAAAAAGUUACCAUUGCUACCCUUAUGGAGCAUUAUGUUUGGGCAACUACUAUGCCUUCAGUGGCUUGAUUGUGUUUUGUUAUGUUAGAUGGACACCCAGGAGCUUGGUUCUUCAUUCAUUGUUUUUGGGGCCAAUUGGUGUUCUCUCUCUCUCUCUCGCGUGUUAUCUUGGGUACAGCCUUGACAUGAUCAUCUUCUGAAUUUUUUGAGACAUCUACAAUGACGAUCAAUAUAACACAUUGGAGGAUGUGUUGAUUCACUUUAUAAUCUUACAAGGUAUAUUGAGUACAAAGUGAGCACAAAAGCCCAUGCCUCACCCGAGGCUCAAUACAACACAAAUAAUUGUGAAAACCUCAUGUUUCAGACAGCCCCGCUUCCAACCAAUUGAGCCUCCAAAGCAGCGUGUACACUAGAAUGAGUAUCACAAUCCGGUACGAUCCUUUCACCAUAAUGCUUGUCUUUAGCAAAUGAUUAGAGAUUCCAAAGGACCAUAUCCCAGAAAAUAAUCUGAGUUAGUCAAACCAAAGAGCAUAAUUUAGCAGAUUAAAGUUUCCAACGCCGGUCAAUCAAAAAGGUGUGUCUAUCUUGUCAUGGAGAGUCACCACCAAGUUAUGAGCAUCAUCAAGAAGCUUCCAGACGUCGAG